AUGCGGGCCAAGGUGGAGGGCGACGCGGCCAAGGAGGCCAAGGAGGUGAAGGCCGAGAGCGAGGGCCCGGGCUUCCCCGUGGGGACCACGCUGGUGGCGCGCUGGAUGGGCAAGACGGAGCGCACGUGCGUCGUCAUCGAUCGGACGGCGCUGAGCAACGACCGGUUCAAGUAUUACGUGCACUGGCAUGAUUUUAACCGCCGCAUGGAUGAGUGGAUCAACGAGCACGAGAUUGUGCGCCGCGGCACCGACGAGGAGACGCUCAAGCUGCAGGAGAAGGACGCCAAGGAGAAGGAGAAGGAGCAGCGCGCCAAGAGCCGCAGCAGCAGCAAGGCGGCCGGGUCCGACAAGAAAGACUCGGCUGCUGCAGGUGGUGCUGCUGGAGCUGCUGCUGGAGCUGCUGCUGGAGCUGGAGCCGAUGCCUCGGCCCGCACGCGCGGCCAGAAGCGCAAGACGCCGGACGACCAGGAGUUCGCGCCGCCAGAGGAGCACGAUGAGCACGAAGGCAUGGACGCGGCCAGUAUCCGCGAGCACGAGGAGGUCACCAAAGUCAAGAACGUGCGAUUUGUGGAAAUGGGGCGCUUUCGGAUGGCAGCCUGGUACUUUUCGCCAUUCCCCAAGGAAUACUUCCCGGAUGGCUCAAUUGACUGUCUGCACUUUUGCGAGUUCUGCAUGGCCUUCUUCUGCCACAAGCGCGAACUGACCGUGCACCAGGAACGUCGCGUCUGCAAUCGCCACCCGCCCGGUAACGAAAUCUAUCGACAUGAGAAUCUGAGUGUGUUCGAAGUGGAUGGUGCAAUUUCCAAGAUUUACUGCCAGAACCUCUGCUAUUUGGCCAAACUCUUCCUGGACCACAAGACCCUGUAUUACGACGUCGAUCCGUUCCUGUUCUACAUCGUAUGCGAGGUCGAUUCGCGUGGUUUCCACCCCCGCAAAGGUUACGGCCACUUCAUCAUCCAGUUCUCGUACGAGCUCAGCAAGAAGGAGGAGAAGGUUGGCUCCCCGGAGAAGCCGCUGUCCGACCUUGGACUGGUCAGCUAUCGGAGCUAUUGGACACGUGAACUGCUGCGUAUUUUGAAGGAGUAUCCCGAAAAGGAGGUGUCUAUCAUGGAGCUCACCCGGAUGACAUCCAUCAAGAACGAAGAUAUCAUCGCGACGCUGCAGCACCUCAACAUGAUCAAGUAUCUAGGCGGGCAGUAUGUGUACGUGGUGCCAAAUCAAAUAGUGGACGCUCAUCUGACGAAGCUGACGAAGAAGGGCCCGCAAGUCGUCCCGGAGAAGUUGCACUGGGCGCCGCUGCACUUGGAUAUCAAGCGUGACAAGUGGUCGCUGAAGGCCAUGACUGCUGACAAGGAGGACUAA